CCGUGAACGCACCGUGGAUCCACCGCACACUUGCUGAGCUCGUCUUUCCUCGAGCAGGAGGAGCAGGCGUGAGGAGACGAGAGCCGCUGGGACGCACAUGGGUGGAUGACAUGAUGUUCCGUUCCUUCUCCCCUCCCUCUUCCACCUCAUUUCUCCCUAUAGUCCCUUUUCUCCUACUUUUCUUUCCCUCUUCCUUUGUCUUCUCCACCUUUUCACAUGUUCCUCUGAGCUGGACAUCACCCCAUGAUCCCUGCUACCACCUCGAUGGCCGGCCACGACACUGCCUCUCAGAGUUCAUCAAUGCCGCCUACGGCGUCACGGCCGACGCCACCCACUCACAUCACGUCUCGGACUCCAAUGGAAACAUCACCACCUUGACGGAUCUUCACAACCCUCACAAUCUAACAUGCUGGAUGGCUCCAAAAGGUUCUACUGGUGGCGACUGGAUUAUCACUCUUCCUCUGGGUCGCCGGUUUGAAAUCACCUAUAUAAGUCUGCAAUUUUGCCAGGAAGGAGAGCUCUCAGAUCUCGUCUCCAUCUCCAUCCUGAAGUCGAUGGACUAUGGCCGUACUUGGAGACCAAUGCAACAUUACUCCAGCAACUGUCUGGAGGACUUCAAGCUUCCGUCACAGACCAUCGCCCUGACCAGACACCAGGAGACAGAACCUCUCUGCUCAAAUCCAUGGCCGUUACAAAGGCAGCGGGGGGCUAUGGUGCUGGCCUUUUCCACCCUGGAUGGUCGGGUAUCGUCCUCGGACUUCGAUUACAGCCCAACCCUCCAGGACUGGGUGACGGCCACUGACAUCCGACUUGUGUUUCAGCUGUCCAAAAAGGCAAAAGUGGGAAGCUCAAACAAUGGAGACACUCAAAAUAGCUACGCUGCUGACAACAGAGGGGCUGUGUGGUGGCGAUAUGGGCACUCAGGAGAUCAGAUCUUUAAGAUGAACAGUGAAAAUACUCUUGGAUUUUUUAACACAGAGACUAAAAAAGCUGAAACUGGAGUGUGGAACAAAGGAGACAAACUUGGUAGGAAAGGUCAUUACAAAGGGUCAUCUCAAGAGGACGAUGGCCAUAAUGUCACAAGCAAAGAAGGUGGUGUCAGCUUUACCUGGGACACGCUCGUGCCAUCCAAGAAAGGAGGUACAGGUCGAGCACGGAAGAAGGACAGGGAUCUGCUGCCGUGCCCUAGCGGAGGUUGCAAAUGGACAGUGGAGGGACGGCAGAGGGGCAACAAAGGACGAGAACUACGAAAGAGGAGAAAUAAUCCCAACACCAGGCAAACCUCCAGGAAUCUUCAGGUUGCCCCGGUUUUGGUUUUAACUCCUCCUGUCCAGCCUCCACUGGCCAUCUCGGACCUGCAGGUUGGAGGCAGGUGCAAGUGUAACGGACACGCCUCCAGGUGUCGGCGCGACGACUCGGGCCGAGCAGUGUGUCUAUGCGAGCAUCACACCGCAGGGCCAGACUGUGACGUGUGUGAGGACUUUUACUUUGACAGGCCGUGGCACCGAGCCACACCGGCACACCCAAACCCCUGUGUUGCCUGCGAGUGUAACGGACACUCGAGCAAGUGUCGCUUCAGCAUGGAAGUCUUUCAACAGUCUGGACGCCGGAGUGGGGGAGUGUGUCAGAAGUGUCGGCACCACACGGCUGGACGCCACUGCCAGUACUGUCAAAACGGAUACACACGGGACCACACCAAGCCACUGCACCAUCGCCAGGCCUGCCAACCUUGUCAGUGCCACCCCCUGGGAGCAGUGGGCCAUUGGUGUAACCAGACCUCGGGUCAGUGUCUCUGUCGGGAAGGAGUGACGGGACUCAGAUGUAACCGCUGCGCCCCGGGAUACAAACAGGGCCGGUCCCCUCUGCGGCCCUGCGUUCGAAUCCAGGAAGUUGCUCCGACCCCGAUGUUCCAGUCUCAGUACAGCAUCGCCGAGGAGUGCGUGUCCUACUGUCAGCCGUCGCAGGUGAAAGUCCGGAUGAACCUGGAGACUUACUGUCUCAAAGACUACGUGCUGAAGGUGCAGGUCAGAGCGAUGGAGCGGUCCGGUCCGUGGUGGCAGUUUUCCAUCUCAGUGCAGACCAUCUACCGCUCUGGUUCCUCCUCAAGUGUGCGCAGGGGUCAGCAGUCUCUCUGGGUGCCCGACCGCGACCUGUCAUGCGGCUGUCCAGCCCUCCACGUCGGCCACACCUUCCUCCUGAUCGGCGCAGAGGAGGGAGAAAGGAGCUGGGCCCCCGAGGAGAGCCGGCUGGUGGCCGACCGCUCCACUCUGGCCCUCCAGUGGCGGGAACACUGGAAUCCCAAGUUGAGAGGAUUUCGGGGUCAAGAUAAAAAGGGGCGCUGUCCUGCCCAAUCCCCACAUAGCCAUCACCACAGAGCGCACAGAAGACCCCAGCAGGGCUACAUCCCCCCUCACCUGCGGACCCAAGCUCAGACUGAGAUCACACACAAAGCGGACGACGAUGUGACCCGAGUGGAUGCACAGACUCUCUCCCCAAAGACCAGUGAGGUCACAUCCGUGGCGACUGCCCCCACAACCUCUGCACUUGUGUGCUCGACUCCUGGUUCAACAUGAAUCUUGUAGAUCUGGAUUUGGUGUCAAUUCAACAUCCGUUUCAGUUUGACAUGGAAGAGAAAUUUGAGACUCAUUUUUGACUUGGAUGCAUGAAAAGUCACAGUCCCUGCAGUGUGUGCCACAUACACAAACUCCUGAUGACAAAUGUGGAUUGAAAAGAUAAAUAUUUAUGAAGGUAUUAUGAAUCAUAUUUGAAACAUUUAAGUUUUGAUGAAGUCUUUGCCUACAGACACUUUCUAACAAACACCCAAGUUGUUUGCUGAAUUCUCACAUUUUUACUGCUGCCAGUAAAGUGUAACGCCUCACAGCUGACGGGACAAAAAUGCUUGAUAUUUUUUAUAUUGUAAGAGUCAUAUUUAUUUGUGGUUUAUAAUGUGCAAUGUAACACCCUAUACAGAGCU